GCGCGCCGCCUCUUACAGCGGCUCCGGGAGCGGCGAGGUCGGAUCUUCUACAGCCGCUGCGGUGCUGGGAGCGCUGCCCCCUCCCUAGAGCAGCGCUUGGGCUGCCAAUGCCAGCGGGCACCAGAGCGGCUGUGUGAUCCCCUCCGCUGUGUGAGCGCGACCGUCCCCCGUCAGGGAAAGAUGGCAUGCGCUGUCCAAAAACGAAGAAUCCAACUAACUGGAUUUAAGAAACAAGAAAAGGAGGCUAUAGCUGAAUUACUACUUACGCUGGACUGUGUUUUUAUUGAUACUGAGCAAUACAGAAAUUGCACACAUCUUAUAGCAAAACAGCUUUCCAAGAGUGAAAAGUUCUUAGCCGCUUGUGCAGCAGGAAAGUGGAUACUAACUAAGGACUACAUACUUAAUAGUGCCGAAAGUGGCAGAUGGCUUGAUGAAACAACUUACGAAUGGGGAUAUAAAAUUGAAAAAGACUCCCAUUAUUCACCUCAAAUGCAAUCUGCACCUAAAAGAUGGCGCGAAGAACUGACAUGCUCUGGUGCUUUAGGGGCCUUCCACAGAUGGAAAGUUAUCCUCCUUGUGAAAGAAGGUGAUAAACGAAGGGAUUCUAUCACAAGAGUUCUAGAAGCUGGAAAGGCAAUUAUAUAUCCACCACAAAAGGAAGUGAGAGCUGUUACUCAUGUAUUCACUGAUAAUAAAAGCGUCAACAUAGAGAGAGAGAAAUGUCUCUUUGAGGCUCCAUAUUAUCCUGUGCAAUAUAUAGGGGAUUAUCUUUUUGAGAAUGAAAUACAAAAUAUUACUGAAGAUAACCAAAUGAACCAUCUUUUAGCUGAACAAGAAGCCAGAGAUACGUCUGACAUGCAACUUGUUGCAAUGAAAAAUGCAUUAAUAAAGCAUAUGUAUUUUACUCAGAUGGUGAAGGAGAAGUCUACUCAAAUAGACCAACUGAGUGGAUGUGGUACAGAGGUUAAAAAUAUUGACCUCUCCAGAGGUAUAUUGUGUAUACUUGAAGGACUAGUAGAAGGACAUUUCUUUACUGAUGUAAUCACAGAACUUGCUGCUACUCAAAAAUACUUCAUCCCUCCUGUGCAGCUUCUUCAUUCUCUUCUAGAACAUACGCUACAGGGAAAUACAGACACAGUAUUCUCUGCUAAAUUUUUUCACAUCUUGUAUAUUCUUCUUCAACUUGAUCCUCCUUGGAAGUCUCCUUCCAUGUUAAGAUAUUAUCUGGAAUUUCUUCAGUGUCCUAUUUGCAUGAGAGGAACAUGGUCUCUGCUAGAGAUGCUUGUGAGAUCUUGCCUUUACUGCAAAAGCUUUUGUCAUGCAGUCUCUGUUUCAGAAAAAAAAAGUGAACAGAGGGUGGUUCACAAAACAUUACUCAAGUUUUUCUUUAAUUUAGUGAAAGCUGAAGUACAGGCUUUAACCAGAAGAUUAUGUGAAGGGGCCAAUUCACAGCUUCUGCAAGUUAUGCCACAGACAGUUCUUCUGAAGACCUUUUGGUUGGGAAGUGAAACCUCUCUGCUUUUUGCCAAACAUAUAAAUAUUCUGGUAGAUUGGGUCAUACAUUCCUAUAGAGAAAAGUUCAAAACAAAUGAUGUCUUCAAAGAUGAAGUAGCUAUGCUGCUAACUGGAAUUCUUGGAACUGUAGUAGAAUAUUGGAUUCUUUCUGGCUUUAUGAUGGACAGAAACGUGUUGCAUCAAGUGGCAGAUGACCUGGCAAAUUACAUUGCCAUUUCAUGUGAUGACUUUUCACCACAGGAAUUAAAAAUGUUCAUUUGUUCCAUACCAUCUCUCUGGCUUCAAAUGUUUGUUGCAGAGGCAGUCUUUAAAAAUUUAUGUUUACGGAGGAACAUUACUAUUUCUGCUGAACCUCUUUCUCUUCAGAAAAUAGUUUGUUCCUGUUUGCCUGCUUUAGGAGAAGUAAGUAUGCAUGAGACUGGGGAAGUGCAGAAAGUGAAGAAAAAGAAAAUAGGGCAGUGGCCUUGCCCUGAGUCUCAAAGGGCAUUACUGAUGCUAAAUGGUGAUAAGCAGAACCAAGCCAAACGGCUGCCUGAUCUACCUGAACUGAUCUUCAGUAAAUUCCCUCCAUUAUCAAAGAAGUUAAGGAUGAAAGCAAAAGUUGAGGUGUCAAACACCAAAGAGAAUCAUCACCCUUUGGAUGAAGAGAUGCACUUUUACAAGACUAAUAUUAAAGGAGAGACAGCCCUGCAUAUAGCUUGCAUAAGAAACAAAGUGGAGAGAUUGAUUCAGCUUCUCCCUUUCCCUGGAACAGACAUUAAUGUUAAAGACUAUGCUGGCUGGACGCCAUUGCAUGAAGCCUGUAACCAUGGUAGCACAGUGUGUGUCCGUGAAAUUUUGCAACGUUGUCCAGAGGUAGACCUGCUCAGUCAAGUGGACGGGGUGACUCCUUUGCAUGAUGCACUGUCAAACGGACAUGUAGAAAUUGGCAAACUGCUACUUCAGCGUGGGGGACCACUGCUCCUACAGCAGAGGGACUUUUAUGGAAAAUUGCCACUGGAUUAUGUGGAGUCCCUAUCAGUAAAACAAGAACUUUUGGAUAUUGUCCACCCAGAAGAGACUGUCAAGGACUUCUGUGAACGUGUGGAAAAAGAUUUACACAGCGAGCAAAGAGAACUUUGGUUAAUUUUAUUUAAUAAGAUGUUGCUAAAUUUUUGUUCGGUUUAUAACUUAUCUUCACCUUCUCCUUUAUCUUUUAAAGCCCACUUAAAUUCACUUCCAUUAGUGGCUAUUAAUGGUUGUAAGUUGAAAAGUAGGUCUCUUACUGAUUGGUUAGUAGAUCUUUAUGUUAGAGAGCUACAGACUUUCCAGAAACUUCCAGAGUUUAUUCAGGAAAUAUCUGAGAACCUAAACAAAUCUUUUGGAGAACAGGUAUAUCCCUUAUUGGCAACACUAGAAACUAUUGCAGUGGCAACUCAGGUGGCUACUUUUCAUCUUUCUAACAACUAAGAUUAAUUUUCAGAUCAGUUCCAUUGGUUCAGUUGUGAUAGUUUAUCAUGGGCGAGAUUCAUUCUUGUGAAUACAGGAGUGCACAUGGCACAUCCUACACCAGGCUGGCCAGUGCUACCUAGGAAAUAUUCCUUUGAUCCCUUCUGGCAUCUUAAAGCACUAAACCAAAGGCUUCCAUAGUUCCACUGAAGGAAGCUGCAGUGUGGAAGUACUGAGUAAGUGCACCUCCUGGCCACUACCCCUUUGUGGCCAAAGUCAUCAACUUUUCAGGCUGAACUGAAUGCCUGUGGCUCCCUCAGCAGGGGAAAGUUCACUUGCACCCUAUCAACCCCUCUUUUUUCCCCUUCUAGCACAUUUUCUGUCAUGAGGAACCUUGCGCCAGAAUUCUUGCUGGUUUCCAAGGAUGUUGACCCUAAAGUUUAUCUGAUUUAGACACUACAGUUGGUUACUUUUUUCCAGGGCAUACAGUUAUGCCUGCUGUUCUGAUGUGACUAACUUUUUGAAUACUUGUCAAAUAAAUAAAACAAAAAUGGAAAAACUACUACUACAACAAUCCAUUUUCCCUAUAUUAUCAUCUUAGGAAAUAAAUAUCUUUAAAAUACAUUUAAAAUUUAGCUCAAAAGUUAGUUUUUAAAAUUGUGUGUAUUUACAGUACCAGUUUACAGUACUUCUGAUUUUGUAUCAAAGGAUCUUGACAAAGUUGUUCAUGGAAAUGAGCCAUUAAACUUUCUACUAGCUUUCUGUAGCAUUGUGGUGCUUGCUCAUUCAUACCUGCAUAAUGAUCAGCUUGACUCAGAUCCUCAGCUACAUUAGAACUCUGGUUGGCAGAGCUGAAUAGAGAAGGGUUAAAAGUAACCAAGCUUCCUUUAUGCUUUCCAGAUUCCUAAGGCUGCUGUGGCCCAGUUUCGCCUCCAACAUAAGUUACACAACCUUGGGGCUUCUCCAAACUGUGCUGGCUUGUAAUACCCCUAUAUAGGUCUGUAUCACUGACCGGGAUUGCCAAAGCAUGAAACGCUGUGGUGACAUCCUCAAGCCUGUGGUGGUACUUGUGCAGAACUGACAUUUUAGUAGCUGGGGAACUCACCCUGUCCAGAUAUGGCAGUUUUAAGGUAGCUCCAUGCUGCUUAUUUGAAGUUGGGGCACCAGCCUCCUUAAAAAUUGCAGCCCCAGUACUAUUAGUAUUUUGUCCUCAGUACUAAGAAUAUAUGAAUAGUAGACAAGAUAAAUCCUCUAAACUGAUAAACUAAUCCUCUAACCUAAUUUAGGAUUGUGUGCUUAUAAAGUAUUAUAUUGGCUGUGCUUAGUAAUUAAUUUCAUAGAAGGGGCAAAUCUUGCCCCCUCCUCCAAAUGUACAGAGUCUGUUCAUGAGAGGGAACUGAGGUGAUUCUCAUUCAUAAGAGGAAGGGCUGAAGGAGGACAGAAUUUGGGGAGGCCAUGCUGUGCUGCCUUGCACAGUGAAUUGAGAAUUGGAUGGCAAUGCAGGAUCUGCCAAGAUACAGAUACUCUUCACUCCCCACUCCUCUGCACAAAUCCGGUGCCCAACUCAAUUCAGGCUGAGAUCUGGGGAGAGAAUUUGCCCAUAACGGAAAAUGCAAGGAAAUGCUGCUUUAUAAUAAGGAUACUUACUGAAAUAGUAGGACAAAUUUAUAAUUCAUUAAAAGAUUAAUAUAAAAUCUUAAUGGUCAGAAGGAAUGGACUGAUUAGUAAUAUUUAAAUUUGCAGUUCUUUUCUAAUAGCAAUGUAUAAUGUUAAAGAAACUAAAAGAAAAGGGGAUAAUAGCAGUUUCUGGAAUUGGUGUUGCUUGACUAGAGGGAAUAAGUUACAUUGAUACAGCUGGCUGAGGCACAUUAAAACUUCCAUUUAGCCUUCAUGCAAUGGAGACGUGAUCUCAGCAAUAAAGCCACUGAUGAUGCUCAGACUGGCUUGGUCUUGGAACCAGAUAUUUAUUACAAAUGUUCAGUGGUUAUUAAUGACUGAGUAUUCUUAUUAGGCACGUAUAUAGAGAAAACUGUUCUAGUGAAGAUAAGGAGUCCUCUUAGG